AUGGAUGGAUCAAAGCUUAGCUUAACUUCUUUGAAAGAAAAGAUAACAAGCAAGUUGAAGGGAAAGAAACCGGAGAAAGCAAAGGGACCAAGAAAGGGAGCAAACUCAAAAAAUGAUAUCAACUCAAGCAAGACUCAACUGAAUUUGAAAGAGAAAGAUGAUGUAAAUAAGGAGACAGACCACAUGAAGCUUUUACGUAAGGAAGCAAUGGAGCUUGGAGCAAGUCAAUCAGAUUUGGCUUUGAUAGAAGGAAUAGAAGAUAGUGAAGAUAGCGAACAAGAGUUUGAUAAUGAUAGCAAACCGGUUGACAAAGCUUUUGGAUCUGAAUUAUCAAAAUUUAUGGAAAAUAUUGGCUUGAAUAACAGCGAGCCAAUAAUAGUUUCUGAUAAUGAAGAUGAUAUUCCUUCAUUAGUGGAAGACGAAGCAGAAGUCUCAGAUGAAGAAGAAGAAGAGGAAGAGGAAGAAGAAGAAGAAGAAGAAAAGGAAGAGGAAGAAGAAGAAGAAGAAGAAGAAGAAGAAGAAGAAGAAGAAGAAGAAGAGGAAGAAGAGGAAGUGAAAGUUCAAGAAAAAUCUUUAAAGAACCUCAAAAAGGAUCGCGAUAGAGUCGAUGAUGUUGCUUCAGUUAGCUCUGCUAAGCUACAAAUACCUUCUCGUCCAGACUGGUACAAUAAUGUCAAACAAUUGCCGCCUCCUACCCAAAAGGUAGAUAGGUUUGCAAGGGAGAGAUUACUUGAAAGGGCAAAGAACGUGAUUGAUACUGACAAUAAGACCUACUUGAAAGAAUUUACUUCAAACAGUUCCCAAAAGAAAUUCUUGACUCAAAUUUUGUCCGACGGUACUUUGAAUGAUAAAAUUUCUGCAUUGACUUUAUUGGCUCAGGAAGCGCCUUUGCAUAAUUUGAAAGCCUUUGACACUUUACUAGGCUAUUGUGAAAAGAAAUCUAGAAAUGCGUCGUUGCAAUCAAUCAACGCCAUGAAAGAUAUGUUAUUAAAUGGUAUUCUUCCCGAUAGAAAACUUGUAUCUUUUGAUAAACAACCUUUGAGCAAUGAAUUAACAGAUAUUGAAUUGGCUACAUACUUUUUCGAAGACUACUUAAAGAAGUUAUAUUUCAAAUUCAUUUCUAUUUUAGAGCUUUCAUCUCAUGAUCCAAUUGUUUAUGUGAGAAUUAAUGUGAUUAAGCAUACAUUUGACUUAUUGAGAGCGAAGCCAGAACAGGAGGUCAACUUGUUAAAAUUAGGAGUAAAUAAACUUGGUGAUCAAGACAGCAAAGUGGCUUCCAAAACUUCUUAUGAGAUACUUCAGCUAGAACAGGCACAUCCUGCUAUGAAAAAGAUAAUCACGGAUGCUGUGAUUGAUGCCAUUUUCAAGGGCAACAGCGAUUACCAUACAAAAUAUUACGCAGUAGUUACUUUGAAUCAAACAAUUUUAACUAGGCGUGAUAAAGAACUAGCAAACUCACUAGUGAAAACUUAUUUUGCAUUAUUUGAAAAGAUCUUAGUUGAAGGUGAUCUGCACAACACUGAAUCGAAGAAGGAUGAUACAUUGGGUAAAUCGGAACACGGGAGAAAGGACCAUAGGAAAGGAUUCAAACGAGGUAAAAAGGGUGGUAAAUCCGUGAAAGUUGAGGAGAAAUCUGAAAGCGAAGUCGUUCAAGAGAAGAAUGCUAGACUCUUUUCGGCCUUACUAACAGGACUUAAUCGUGCAUUUCCCUUUUCUGAGCUUCCUAAUGAUGUUUUUCAAAGCCACUUAGAGACCUUAUUUAAGAUCACUCAUUCAACAAACUUCAACACAUCAGUACAAGCAUUGGUGUUAAUCCAUCAUAUCAUUAGCAGUCAGAAUUUGAAUCCUGAUAGAUAUUUCCGUACCUUGUAUGAGUCAUUAUUGGACUCAAGGUUAGUCAAUUCUUCGAAACAAGGUAUCUAUUUGAAUCUAUUAUAUAAAUCAUUGAAAAAUGAAAUGGCACAACCAAAGAGAGUUCUAGCUUUUGUUAAGAGAAUACUACAAAUAUCUUCUCAUUGGCUCAACAUUGGAGCAAUAACUGGUAUGCUAUUCUUAUUAAUCGAGUUGCUGAAGCUUUAUCCUCAAAUCCAUGAAUUAAUGGUUGAGAUAUCAUCCCGUCCUGAUUUGUCUGAAGACGAAGACGAGACAAAUAAUGAGAAUAAACCUGUUUCAAAUGAAUACGAUAGCCGUAAAAGAGAUCCCUUAUAUGCUCAUGCGGAAAGAUCAUCGAUGUGGGACUUGGAAAUGUUUUUUACUCAUUAUCAUCCUACAGUAGCCAUUUUUGCUAAAUCUUUAUUAGAUGGAACAGAACAACAGAAGCCAGAUUUAGGAUUAUUCACAUUAGCUCACUUCUUGGACAGAUUUGUUUAUAAGAAUGCAAAUUCAAAACCUAUGACGAGAGGAAGCUCAAUAAUGCAGCCUUUAGGAGGUGCUCAUACAGGAUCCUUGUUAGUCAGAGCUACCAAUAUCAGUAAUCAAGAAGUCCCCGUGAAUGCAGAUAACUGGCUUGAUAAGAGAGCUAUUGAUAUACAACCUAAUGAGCAAUUUUUCCAUCAAUACUUCACGAGCAAGGUUAACAAGAUUAAAUCUGGAAACAAAUUGAAAGAGAAGAAUGACGAUUUCGAGGAGGAAGCUGGAGACGAUCAAGAGGUUUGGGAGGCAUUGGUCAAGUCAAAGCCGGAAGUCGAAAAUGAUAGCGAUGAAGAAGAUUUUGUCAGUGAGUCAGAUUUCAGUGAAUUUGACUACAGCAUGAGCGAGGAGGAGCCUGCUUUGGGAGAUAACAAAGAUCAAGAGAAAGAAAAUGAAGAACAAGCUAGUUUUCUGGAAAGCGAAGCACAAGUCGAUGAUGCAGAGAUAUCAGAUGCAUCGGAUGAUGAUGAAGAAGGUCAUGGCAUGUUUGGAAUAAACUCCGAAGAUGAGUUGAGUGAUUCAGAGCUUCAAAUUGACAUGCUUGACGAAUCAAAUGCUUUGGAAGAAGACAACGAAACUUCAAAGAAACGUUCAAAGUCAGGCAAGACUCAAAGCUCCAAGAGAGCAAAACUCAAAUCUCUUCCAGUUUUUGCUUCUGCUGACGAUUACGCACAAUACAUGAGUUCAGACGAUGAUUAG